AGAUUUGUGGAUUCUCUUUAUCACAGCUGAUGCCAAUUAAAAGCUGCGCGGAAACUUAAAACUUAAAUUCCUGGACUACGGCCCAGCCGUAAGCAUGGAUGGAUGGAAGACUAUGCUGACAGUCCUUAAUGUUCUCACUGCGUUAAACAUUGCUCUAACGCGUUUAUGUUGACAUUAUCCAACAUCUAAACAGUAAAUCGAACAUGAACCGGAAGUGCUCUUUUCUGGAUCGCAUUGGCGGAAGUUGAUUCAGAUACUGUUGCUAUAGAAAUCGCCAAGUUCUGUCUUUUCAACUAUCGCGUCGGACGUGUCAAUAAGAAAAAAAAAUCGAUUAUAUAUACAACAAAACAACAACAACACAUUACCUGAGCAACGACCGAAGCAAUUCAGCUCCGCCAGCAGCAGAGUUCAUCCAGAAUCACCGGAGCUUCAGUCCUAGGAAUGGUGGGCCUGCUGUAAGACCACACAUGGAGGUUUUUAAGAAGGAUUGGGGUAUGUUUCGCUGAAAUUACCUGAGAAGGAGAUGCAAGGAUCGGACUAGGAGAGCGUAAUGAAGGAUCGUCUGGCUGAACUGGCUGCUAAUAAAAGUCAAGUAGAGGAGGUUGCUGUCACUGAGGACUGCAGUGAUGGCUUCAUGGAGAGUUAUUUCAGGAGUGUGGAGGAAGUUAGGGGACUCAUUGAUAAAAUCUCCUACCAAGUGGAGGAGGUGAAGAAGCUGCACAGCAUGAUUCUGUCUGCACCCAAUCCAGAUCACAGUACAAAGAGUCAGCUAGAUGGACUGACCAACGAUAUCAAAGGGAGUGCCAAUGUGGUGCGAACUAAAUUAAAAUUCAUGGAGCAAAAUAUGCCAAAAGACGACGUCAUUAGCAGAGCUUCUGUCAACUUCAGGAUCCAGAAAACACAGCACUCUGUGCUGUCAAGGAAGUUUGUGGAAGUCAUGACUGAAUACAAUGAGACUCAAGUGUCCUUUCGGGAACGAAGCAAAGGAAGGAUCCAGAGACAACUGGAGAUAACUGGAAGAGUGACCACCAAUGAAGAACUGGAGGAAAUGCUGGAGAGCGGAAAUCCAUCAAUCUUCACAUCUGAUAUCAUUUCCGAUUCCCAAAUCACUCGUCAAGCCUUAAAUGAGAUCGAAUCCCGUCACCAGGACAUCAUGCUUCUGGAAUCCAGCAUCAGGGAGCUUCAUGUGAUGUUCAUGGACUUGGCAAUGCUGGUAGAAACUCAGGGGGAUAUGGUGAACAACAUUGAGAAUAAUGUCUCUAAUGCAGCUGAGUAUAUUUAUCGUGCAAAAGAAGAGACUAAAAAGGCAGUGAGAUACCAGAAGAAAUCACGUAGGAAAUACAUGAUCCUUGCCUUUGCCCUGUUGAUCCUUCUUGCUGUCAUCGCACUAAUUGUUGGCCUGUCUGUUGGACUAACUAAACGCCCUCAAUGAGGCCUGUUGUCACCAUUGCACCAUUGGUAACAGACACACCACAUCCACAAACUUCAGUUUUUUGAGCAGAAAAUUAAUUUAGCCAUUCAUUUUUUUAAAGUAAAGACAUGUAGUGUCUUGGUAAAAGUAAGGAUGCAGCAAUUAAAGAUUUGCAUCAAAUUUCAGAGGUAGGAAUUUUUGUUUUUAGUUAAUUUUCAAGUUUACUAAUUCACAUUUCUCUUUAACUGCAGUCAAAAUAACUUUUCUAGCCUUCCAGCCCUGUAAGAUUACAAACUGCAUACUUUAGGUUCCCAGGCUCCUUCAUUUCUGUCAGGGAAUCAUUUCUGAAAGACAAAAACAAAAAUCACUUGGAGAUGAGAUUUUAAAAGUCUAAGAUUUGUGAUUAACAUAAUUAACAUAACAAACAGCAAACUGGAGUCACUGUCUGUAUUCCAUAGAGAUUGCGCAACUUCACCUUAACUCUAAUAUUCCUACAAGGCUUUCAACAUUUCCAGUAUUGUAAACUCAAAGGAAUAAAGUAGCAUAUUUGCUGUAAUAUGA